AUGGUUCUUCAAUCGAUUGGUUCCACCAAACCUCUGCUGGUCUCAGUCUCCAGUCCGUCAAUCACAUCUUGUCCCGAGGGAACAACCCAUUGGUCCCGUUCGAACAACUCGACCGACUCAUUGUUCCAGUUUCCUCUCGAGAACGGUAUCAGUAAUUCGUCUGUGGAUAUGAAUUUACUGGCCAAUUUGUACCAGAUCAAAACCGAGUCCGCAACCCCGUCACCGCUAAUCACGCAGACGCUUUAUCGAACCAUAAUGCAACAGUUUGGAGGAAUGCCCACAGACCCGGCCACUCUGUCUCAACUGCUCACUGCGUUGUGCCGACGUUUUUCGCCUUCCGACUAUCGUGCAUCGCCUGUCACAGCUGCCGCUCCAGCUCCAGCUACCACUCCGGCACAAGCCCCCAAUGGAACCGGCACUGGGACACCCAGUUUCGCCAUGACAGCCGCCAUAACCAGUGCACUGAGUUCGAAUGCGUCUACAGUUGGUCCGCAAAUUUUACCCGCAUGUUCACCGUUGCUACAGUUAGCCAUACGUCAAGCGCUCAGUCAAUGUCUGCCCCAUUUUACCCAAUUGAACAUUCAAGGUCACUUGGAAAUAUCCGUUGGGUCCGCACAGACCACACAGAGUGCGACUAUUUUGAAAUUCAAUGAUUCCACUUCCAGUCUACCAGCCUCAGCCGUCAGUUUGCCGAACAAGUCUGACGACGUCAAUUUCCCUAGAUCUGAAUUCACCGUACCAUGCACAAGCCCGAACACUUCGACUGCCAGCACUGGUAUUAUGACUUUCUCAAAUGUCGCGGAUGUGAGUCAGGAUGCGACACAAUCCAGUGCUACGAGUUCGUCUCGACGCAAAUCAACCAACCCGAUCAAAUGUGAGGUGUCUGACAAUGUGUCAGACACAUUGCCCGGUCCCGAUCUGAAUAUGUCACCUGACAACACCAGUCCAUCGAUUCCGCCCGGUCGCUCCAGUCCGAUUAGUCCAUCCACAGACUCCGGCGUGUUGGAUCUGUCACGAAACGGCUCCUUGGCUGGCUCGGCUCCAAUCACACCAAUGAAAGAUUCACUCAUCCACCAUCCGUUGAUGGAACCGAUGGAGCAAACCGGACGACAUCAGCUAUUAGAAGCGUAUCAGAAACAGAUGGCCGCUUUCAGCCAGUAUCACAAUGUGUGGAAUCGAGCUAUGUUGCUUGGAACGUUGGACUCGUGUGUGAAUGGAGAUGCCCCCAAUUUCACUCAUUCAUCCAGUCCACCGUCCAAUCUAUUCACCGCAGUCUCGAAUGGCACACUGUCCGCUCCGAAUAGUCCCGUCAAGCCCGUUCGACGACAACGUAUUAACACGGGAUGCAGCUUGAGUAGCGGUGGUGGUGCUGGUGGCAGCAGCGGCGGUACAACUGGAACGAAUCAUCGUGUGAACAGCGUCGCGCGACGUCCGAGUUCGAAUCGUCGUUUUCCUUGUAAUCAGUGCCGCGAAGAGUUCCCCUCGUUGCACACACUGGAAGAGCAUACCAUGUGUCAGCACGGUACCUACCGGUGUCAUAUUUGCAAAGCUCAAUUCACCCAACGCUCUAAUCUUCAACGUCACGCACUCAAACAUGUCGGAUUCAAACCUUUUGAAUGUCGCGUGUGUUCCAAAGCAUACUACCGCAAAGAUCACCUGAUGAGGCAUAUGGAAAUGGGGCAUCCGGGUUACACACCACGAGAAAACAUAACUGUGCAUUUGACCUCCUCUGAGAGUUUAGACUACCUCAAUCGAUCCAAUCCACAACUGGGACAGGGAUUGUCGUCCUCGGAUUCCCCCGGGGACGUCACGUUGCAUCCGUCGCCCAACGAGAUUGCUGAUCAUGGGAUCAGUAUGGAUGUAGAUGACGAAUUGGGCCACAUUGAAGGAGAAGUCGAGACGGAAGAGGAGAUGGGAGACGACUUGCAUCAGUCAACCUUGUCUCAUGAAGCCAGUAGACAUCGAUUUGAAAGUACCGGGUCACCACACGAGUCCGGGGAUUCUUUUGGUGAAGACGAGUUGAAUGAACCCGUGGCACGUACUCCGAGUCAGUCCAGUUUGGUGAGCGAGUCUGCUGAACGAGCUUCAAUCACUGCUCACGUCCACAUAAAUCUUGAUAUGGCAGACUUGGAUUGGAUUAGUUGGGAUCGAUCGUGUUUAUUCAAUAUCUCGAAUCCUUUUGAAUCGGUAAUAGUUGAACGACACGAGAAACACUCGCACACGAUUUGUGCUCAGUCCGUUUUCAUCUGCGCCAGACGUGUAUGGUUUGAACAAAUCACGUGA